AUGACAACAACACCAGCAACAGCAGCAGUAUUCGGCUGCACAGGAGCAGUCGGCUCCCAAAUCCUAGCAACCCUCCUAUCCACAGAAACAUUCGAAUCCGUGAAAACAAUCUCAAGAAGACUCCCAAACAACCGGUCCCCCAAACUCCAAUCCCUACAAGAACCCGACAUCCUCAAAUGGGCCGAUAUGAUCUCCACCCUAUCACCCAAACCCACAGCAGUCUUCAACGCAGUCGGCACGAUGGGAAAUGCACCGGGUGGACUAGCAAAUCAAUGGAAGAUUGACCAUGACUCAGUCAUUGAGAAUGCCAAAGCGGCCAAGGCGGCUGGCGUGAAAACAUAUGUUUUCAUUUCUAGCGCUGGGACAAGAAGUCUUCUUUGGGGGUGGGUGCCGUAUUCGAGGAUGAAGGUUGGAGUGGAAGAUGCUAUCAAGGCGAUGGAUUUCGAGACUGCUAUUAUCCUUCGUCCUGGUAUGAUUAUUGGUAGGGAGAAGGCCAAGGUCGCGCUUUUGGAGGGGUUUAUGGAAAGUUUGAAUAAGCUAGGACAGGGUGUUCAGGAUAAAAUUGCUGCGGAUCAGGCUGUUAUUGGUCGGGCUGCUGUGGCAGCUGCUCGUAUGGCUGAAGGUGGGGAUGCACCGUCAAAAUAUUGGGUUGUGCAACAGUGUGAUAUUAUCAGGCUUGGGAGAGAUGAGUGGAAGUAG